AUGCACCGGCUGCGUCUUGAGAUCGGCCCUUAUCCUCGGGUGGAACAGAGGUGCAGAGAGAGGUUCGACCGGAUGAUGUGCAGUUGGAAUCCAACACGGUGCAGGAUCAGGCUGCGGAGCUCUACUGAAUCCUUUCUGGUAUCUUUUGGUCAUGCGGACUUCCUCUCCAGGGGUCUGAGACCCUUCUUGAAGGCACCCUGCAAGGAAGCUUCUCGACAUGCAGGAGAUUCUUGUGAAUUACCAGUUGCGGAUUGCAAGUUCACGCUGAACCUGCUGGACGACCUUUCUAGAAGUGUGUCACUUGGUGGCCACGAUCGACGCCGCUACCGGUCGGAAAAAUCGUUGAAGGGCAUGGCGGGACCACCUAGAGUCAAGUCAACAGCAUGGCACGAGUUGAACCUGGGCCAGGGGAGUGGUUGUAAUGGAGACGCUGCUCUCGACUCACGCUCCCGACCAGAGCAGCGUGGUGCGGUCUCUGACACUGUGAUUGCAGCCAUGGAUGCACUGGUCAGAUCGCAGGAGCAGAUCACAGGUACACGAAUGUCAUGGAAUAUUUGGCCCAGCACCAGGCUGGAUGCAACCCGUGUCAUCGUGCCGUUGGGCUGCCUCUACACCCCUCUGAAGGAGACAGAAGGCCUUCAGCUGGUGGAGUACGAGCCUGUUAUUUGCAAGGGACGAGACUGCGGAGCUGUACUGAAUCCUUUUUGUUAUGUGGACUUCCACUCCAAGAGUUGGACGUGCCCAUUUUGCCACACUCGAAAUCGUUUUCCUCAGCACUAUGCAGAUCACAUAACGGAGACGAAUCUGCCGGCAGAGCUCCUUCAGAUGUGCUCUACCAUCGAGUACAUUAUUCCAUCGGUCGCCUGCCAGCCGCCAGUUUUCUUGCUAGUCUUGGACACUGCGCUCAUCGAAGAAGAGCUUGACCAAGCAAAGGACUCUCUCCAGCAGUCGCUGGCCAUGAUGCCGCAAAACGCUUUGGUCGGCUUUAUUACCUUCGGUGCUAUGUGCUACGUCCACGAACUGGCCUCCACUACGCUGCCCAAGGCUUAUGCCUUCCGCGGUGGAAAAGAAUACACUGCGCAGCAGGUGGCCUAUCAGUUGGGCUUCGCGUUGAAGAAUGAUCCCAGAGGGACCAUGGGUGCCCAAGCAGCAAGGAGAUUCUUGUUGCCAGUUGCGGACUGUGAGUUCACUCUGAACUCCCUGCUUGACGACCUUUCUAGAGAUGCAUGGCCGCUUGGUGGCCACGAUCGACGACCUUACAGGUGCACAGGAGCAGCCUUGAGCGUAGCACUCGGUUUGGUGGAAGCUACGUGCCCACAAGGCAGUGUGCGCGUGACGCUGCUGGUUGGCGGUCCGUGCAACGUUGGCCCCGGCAUGGUCGUUGGCGAGGAGCUCGCAGAGACCAUCAGAUCCCACUUAGACCUUCAGAAGGAGACGCCGAAUGCCAAGCACACGAAGAAGGCGUUGAAAUUCUACGCUUCACUUGCCUCAAGGGCUGUGGCUUGCGGCUUCGCCGUCGACAUUUUUGCGUGCUCUCUCGACCAGGUCGGCCUUUACGAGAUGAAAGUCAUCUCUGACAAAACUGGCGGCUACAUGGUCAUGAGCGACUCCUUCAGCAUGCACGUCUUCAAGGACUCCUUUAGGAAGAUCUUCGAGCCGGACGAGACGGGCUACCUGAAGCUUGGCUUCAACGCGAAGAUCGAGGUUUUCACCUCCAGGGAAUUCAAAUGCUGUGGUGCAGUUGGCGGUUUAUCGUCUCUCGGCAAGAAGGGGCCCUGUGUUGCGGAGACUGAAAUCGGUGAAGGCAACACUUGCCAGUGGGUUGCCGGCUCCCUUGAUCGCAACACGACUAUUGGUUUCUACUUCGACAUUGCCCAGGCGGCCACCGCAGCUGCGGGUAAGCAAGCCUUUUUGCAGUUUCAGACUUGCUAUUUGCAUCCUUCGGGCAGGAAGCGCCUCAGGGUAACUACUGUGUCCCAUCGCUUCACGGAUGCGCAGAUGAGCGACAUCCAGCAAGGCUUUGACCAGGAGGCUGCGGCUGUGCUGAUGGCCCGCUAUGCGGUCUUCAAGUGCGAGAAUGAGGAUCCCCUGGAUGUGCUGCGAUGGGUGGACCGAAUGCUGAUCCGACUCUUAGCUGCACUAGGAUGGUUGCUCGGAGGUCCUGCCGGGCCCGUGCCCGGCUUCUGCGUGGCUCAGGGCUUCUAG